UUCACGCAUGUGGUGCAAUCGCUCGGAUCAACUCGGUUUCUUCCGCUAUCACUGGAAAUCUACGUCGUCGAGUGGUGCAAUAACAAGAUACCCAUAAAAGAUGCCGUGACGCUUGUGUCUGUCCAGUAUCGACCGUGUAAACAACACAGUAUGAUGUUGUGACAAACGGCAGUCGACGGUCAGGGUGUAACUGACGAUGCACAACUCUCAAGGACAGUGCAGGCCGAGGGCAGAGACUGGCACAGGUGUGAGCAGGUCUUCUCCCAGGGGUGGUUGUCAGAACCCCCUAUCUCCUGUACGUGUGUGCGACUUGACAUGUCGUGUAACGAAAGAAAAACCCUUCAUCGCCCAAAUUCCAACGUCGUGUGUGGUGCAAUAGUUGUGAGUAUCAUUCCAGCGAGCAAGAGGUGAGUCUGGCAGUAGACAAGGAUGGACGUGUGUCGAGGUUACAUGCUCAUCUGUCCGUACGUUGUGUUCUUCAUCGUAUUUGCUAGACAUGCUAUUCCCAUGUGUCACCAGCAUUCCUAUGUGCGCAUCCCAGAUCUUCAGGACAAGGUAGCCGACAUUGAGCCACUCUGGAAGGACAAGAAGCUUCAUACACUGGGCUGUGCAGAGAGGUGUUACAGAGACUCCAAGUGUGUCUCUUUCUUCUACAACGCUUUGUCUGGUUCAUGUGAAGGACACACAAAGAUUUACACCAGCCACGACAUCCUGGUUCCUAAACCGGGCUUCAAGUACUCCAUUGAUGGUCUUUAUGCCAACAAUGCAAGUUACAGUGACUGUGAAGAUAUUAUGACUCGGUUCCCUUCCCUGAAAUCGGGCAUCUACGUCGUCAACCCUCCUGGUGGACAUGAGCAGUUCCAAGUCUACUGUUAUUCUGCAAUAAGAAUAUGGACGGUGAUCCAAAGACGACAGGACGGAUCUGUAAACUUUUACAGAACCUGGAACGAGUACAAGGAAGGGUUUGGUGACCUGAAUGGAGAGUUCUGGCUAGGCAAUGAAAAGAUAUGGCGUAUUAUGCACGGACGGCAGUACCAGUUAAAAAUAAAGCUCCGGGACUUUCAAGGUGAACCCAAAAGGGCUGAAUACACAGAGUUCUCCAUUGGUAGUCUGACUGACAACUAUGUUCUACACAUCUCUGGCUUCACUGGAAACGCAGGUGACUCUAUGGCGCGUAGUAACGGCUGCGCAUUCUCCGCCCGAGACCGCGACCUCGACACCCUAUUCUUCAGCUGCGCCCAAUCAUACAAAGGAGGCUGGUGGUACUGCGCAUGUCACGAUGCAAACCUGAACGGGGAAUACAACAACACAAAGUUCGCACAGGGCAUCAACUGGAACACCUGGCAUGGCUAUUACUACUCUCUGAAAAACACAGAGAUGAGAAUACGACCGUGCUGUUAAUACUGUGUGCACCAUAGACAUUCAUGACCAACUUGUGCCGUCCGGGGACAAGACUAUUGGACCGUCUUGAAGGUUACGGAAAGUCUGAUGCCGUCCGGGGAAAAGACUAUUGGCGCUUCUUGAAGGUUACGGAAGGUCUGAUGCCGCCUGGGGACAAGACUAUUGGCCCUUCUUGAAGGUUACGGAAAGUCUGAUGCCGUCCGGGGACAAGACUAUUGGCCCUUCUUGAAGAUUACGGAAAGUCUGAUGCCGUCUGGGGACAAGACUGUUGGCCCUUCUUGAAGGUUACGGAAAGUCUGAUGCCGCCUGGGGACAAGACUAUUGGCCCUUCUUGAAGAUUACGGAAAGUCUGAUGCCGUCUGGGGACAAGACUAUUGGCCCUUCUUGAAGGUUACGGAAAGUCUGAUGCCGCCUGGGGACAAGACUAUUGGCCCUUCUUGAAGGUUACGGAAAGUCUGAUGCCGUCCGGGGACAAGACUAUUGGACCUUCUUGAAGGUUACGGAAAGUCUGAUGCCGUCCGGGGACAAGACUAUUGGCCCUUCUUGAAGGUUACGGAAAGUCUGAUGCCGUCCGGGGACAAGACUAUUGGCGCUUCUUGAAGGUUACGGAAGGUCUAAUGCCGCCUGGGGACAAGACUAUUGGCCCUUCUUGAAGGUUACGGAAAGUCUGAUGCCGCCUGGGGACAAGACUAUUGGCCCUUCUUGAAGGUUACGGAAAGUCUGAUGCCGUCCGGGGACAAGACUAUUGGCGCUUCUUGAAGGUUACGGAAGGUCUGAUGCAUGUUUAUAUCCCGUCAGGUUUUUCUGUUUAAAAACUAUAAUUUGUUGCUGAUGAUGUUACGAAAAAUAAUGUAUUGUGGUUUUUUCCAGCAAUUGUUUGCCUCCUCAUGUUAGAGAAACGUUGAAUAAAAAAAUUAUUCUUCUCAAACAAAAAUCCCAAUACCACAAAAAUAUUCGGUCAAUGUAUGCCUAGAAAACGUAUCUUGCUAUUGUGGUCUGUUUCAGGAAGUAGUGGAUGUCGAUGUAUGAAUAUCCUGUGAUUUUGCCAAAGAGACGUUAAAUUUAACAAAAGCCAUGGGGUGGAAUGUUUUGUUAAGUUACAAGACUCCUGCCUUAUAAUCGUCAUAAUUGUAAACGACUUUAGUUAUCAAAACAUGGAUGUGGGUUUUGCCCUUGAAUACAGUUUCAUAGGCUGCGAAAAUCAGCAACUUUCUUUCAUGUUUAUUCAGUGUAGGAAUGAGAAUUUGUAAUUUGCCUUUUUGGAUGCACACUCUUCACAUUUGAGAAUAUGAUAGGCACGUUAUUGAUAUGUUUCAUACGACAUGUACACAUCGUGUUUCGUUUAGUUGUUGAACGCUGCGAUCAGCAAUAAUCCGGCUAUUUGUAGCCUGUAGAAUGGUCCUACCCGCUGCGAACCACUGUGGUAUACUUCAGGAAAACCCUUUCCUUACAAUCAGGAUGAUAUUAGUAAAUUAAAAACCUUUGUAUAUUAAAACUUGAUUGGCACCAAACACAGCAAAUGUUGGCCUUGAAAAUAUCUUUAUAUGACAUGUGUUAAAUGAUUCGCUUAAUCAAAAGAAACAAGACCGACUUUUAAACUUGAGGCAGAAUGCCAUACUUUGCAGCAUAUUUUUAGGAGUUGAACGUCAAUUGUUUUGUGUUCCAUUUGAAUUAUUUCGUUCAACUGCCGUAUUUGCGAAAUAAAGUUAAUACCUUUG